GACUCUCGGUGACCAAAAGAAUACCGGAGUCGUUGCGGAUUCUCGCUACCCAUACCGUGCCCGUCCUACCAGAGAGGUCCGAGUUUCGGCCUGGUUCGUCCAAGAUUCAUUGUUGCCACAAUCACAAUUGUAUCAUUUUCUUCUUCCGUUCGCUGAUUGGACCCUCGGUACUAUUCAACAUGAUCUCGGCACGCUGGAGGCGACAGAUGAUUGCUCCGGUUGUCUUGACCUUGUCGAGCGUUUUCUGCCUCUUCUUCAUUUUGAACACAGGCUCUUUGGACGAUGGUGAUACCGGCCGUGUACGUGGGAGGCAUGCCGGAGGGCAAGGCGCCGUUUACACCGGCAUGAGGUUGCACAACCGUACCAACAAUGUUGGAGUCCACGGUAGCCUUGUGUAUGCAACGCCGCCUACUUCUACACACGCCAGCAUACACCAAGGCGACACGGGGAGCGUGGGUCCAAUUUGGCCGUCCACCGAGAAGUCGUCGGCCAAACAGGUACCCUCCACCGGUUCAGCUCACGGCUAUGUUUCCAGCGGCAAUCCGGCAAUGCCCUUGUUGCGACCGGUACUGGAAUGGCAGGCUUAUCAGCGAGAGCACAAUCACGAUGUACUCGAACGCGAAUAUCUACACGACCAGCGUGCUGUACACAAACGUCGGUUCGCGGUUGUCCCCUACACUUGCCCACAUCGGAUCGGAAACUUUUGGCACAAUGCCGUACACACCAUUACUUGGGCCAUUGUUCACAAUCGAACCAUUCUACUACAACCGUACAAGCUACAAGGUCAGGAUAAUAAUUGUAAAGGUCGUGUGCUUAUCCCGUCGUGGAUCCCGCUCUAUGAAACGUGGCGGAUGAAAUUAGAGUUGUCCGAUCCGGAGCCUUGGCCUCUGCCAGCCAGUAGCGACCGUCACCGUAAUGGAAGUACUUCAAGCCAAGCAGUGCCUACUCUCCGAGACCACAAUUUAAUUUUGGUGGCGCGUUUUCCCCAAAUUCCGGAUAUCAAUUCCAAAGAUUCUGACAUUACGAGAUGCCAAUGGGUGGAAGAUCUUACCCAUCCCAAGUUUCGCGAUUACUUGAAGUAUCAUUACAAACGGUAUAAUCGCGAUCCCAAGUUGACAUCCUUUUUACCUUCUCGUGUGGUUGAGCUCUACCAUGAGGGUGCUGAAUUUUUGGAUGGCAUGCUGCUCCAGACCGUGUUCCCGUUAGCGCCUUCAGCCGUAGUAGCGGACAGCGAGGAAGAUGGAACCGCAUUUUCGGUCGCAUUACAUUCGCGACACAUUUCCCCCGGCGACGAUGGGUCGUUUGUGCCUAAUGAAAUCACUUGUCUUGAACAAUUACUCCUAAAUCGAACAAAUGCAACAAGCUGUCGGGUGACACUUCUGUCGGAUCGCGAUUUGUCGAUCAAAAUCAUGACCGACUGGAUUUACAGUCACACAAAUUGCGUGGUGGUGACGGUGUCUCACAACGAAAAAAAAAGAGACGCUGAUGUUGACCCAGUCCUUUACGCGUUGACCGCAGAGCACGGUCCUCAUGCUGGACUUGGCUUUUUGGACGAAAUCGCCCUGGCGACGUCGUCUGUUUUGGACGCAGUGGUGGGGGACCCACGUCGUUCCAGCUUUGAAGUCUUACACAAGUUGGCUAAUUAUCAACGCGCGACGGUUUUGGGGCGGCGAGGAUCUGCGAGUACCAAUGUUGCUUUAGCUCCUCUGCAGUUUUGCGAAUUGCCCUCGAAGCAUCCCAAGGGCUACGACUACGGUCCCAAUACACCAAUGUUUCGACAUCCCAAGAAUGUCGAGCCACUACCCCCACAGCAAAUGCUAGACCUCUACAUGGCUAGACACGGACAGGGCAUCAUGGAGCGCGAGUGGGAGGAUCAGGGAGAGGGAUUUUCCAUGCGUCAGUUCUUGGUGGUACCCUUCGAUUGCAACCAUUUAGGCCAUUUAGGCGUCGCUACGACUACAACAAACCAGAGUAGUAGCGGCAUGGACGACUGGCUGAAUGGCAUGGCGUGGGCAAUAGUAACAAACCGGACCGUGCUAUGGUCGUGUACGUCAGGGCUAAGCAACAGUCACACUUUAAUACCAGGGGAUCACGACAAAGACCACUCCUGGUGGACUCGAAGGAUUGUUGUAUCACAUACCGACCAAGAUGGAGAAAACAAGGAGUUACCAGCAUUUUGGAAGCCACACUCAUGGAUAGCACAAUGGGAAACGUGGGCGAAUCGAGUGUAUGCGAAGGAGGUGGAAGCUUUAGAAGCUUUUUCGCUCACAAGCAGUCUCCCACGCGUUGUUCACUAUUCGUCUGCUUUGCCUCCACCGCCAUCAUCUCACACAACCCCCAAGGAGACUCCCAGUGGACGGAACUUGUCAAUGAUUGAUCAAAAUAUAGUCCGAGCUCUCUGGCAAUCCCGGUGGGAUAUCCUGUACGAGCAAAAUUUGGACUAUCUGUACGGCAUGCUGCAGAAGCAUACGUUGCAGUGGGCCAUGAAGCAUCCACCGCCGGCUCUCUCGGAGCUUUCUUUGAAUACGGAAGAAGCAGCGGGAUUCACAGUGGGUCUGAUUUUGAGCUGGCUUCCUAGUUCCACGAGCAUAGCUUCUCGAAGAAAACGUAUUGAUAGUGAACUUGCCGGCUGUCUCGACCAUAUUCUACCCCUGCCAACAUCAAAUACAGCCAUGAACUUGACUCCAUCAGCUGCGUUUUCACCCCCUUGUACAAUUUUGGUUUUGGGAGAACCAUUCGAUACCACCGUGGAGGAUUGGUUGCGUUCUUUUCGACCAAAUUGUCGACUUCGUUGGAGUCGCAACAGGGAAACCCGUACACAAUCGGCAUCAUUUCCUAGAGGCGGUUUCGCGCGUGUGGAUAUCAACUUUGUUUCGCAGGCACGGGACGCUUGGAUUGCAUUCGAGGGCGACAAUUUACUCGUAGCCGGCAUCAUCCGUCAACGAAUUACCUACGAGCGAACGCAGGAAACUUGGGAGCUCGGUCGCGUACCGAUGCUGUUGUCGCCGCUACGACGCUGCAUUUCGUCGGCUGGCUAGAGCGAGAGCGAGAGCGAUAGAAAGGUGUUCAGGAUAUAGCAUAGCAAGGCAUUCCAGGCUAGACAAGAGUAGAAUAGUUCGAUUUGUGAGGAC